UGCCUCGGCCAGGCUACUGUAUAGUUAAAUUAGCCGCGGUAGGUUUACCUUACUGUAGUACAAGGUAUUUACGUCAGAGUGAGCCAUAGACCUAUGCUGGUUCACAAUUUUCAUAUACCGGUCAUGCAUGUUUUUCAGAUUCGUAAGUAGGUGAUAAUUAUUGAUGUUCUUUUUGAAUUCUUUCGCAAAUUUUUAAAAUAAAUCGGGAAUAGUUUAACUUAAAAUUGAGUAAUACAAGUAUAUUUCAAGAUUUUGUGCUAAAAUUCAAUUAUCUCGAAAAAUUUGUGAUAAAGAUACAAAUUUAAAAUACGUGGAUAUAAUAAGUGUAAAGAUGAUAUCGGAUUCCAACAAAGUAACUAAUGUUGAAGUUAAAAAUGAGAAUGAUAUAUCAACAUCAGAAGUAAUUCAGACAAAUGAUGAUAAUGAUCAAAAUCUAAAUACCUCAACUAUUGCAAAAGUUGAUGAUGAAACUAUGGUUUCUUCAGAAAUAUCCACUAGUAAUAAAGCAUUAUACUCUUUCUGCAAAGAAAAAAGUAUAGUGAAUGCUUUAACUGUUGAAGACGUGGGUACUCUCGAAAUUCAGACGGAAAUAAAGAAUAAUGCAUAUGGUAUUACAUUAUUGCCUAAUAGUGCAGAACGUCACUUUGAUAAAUUAAUGGACGCAUUAUCUAGAGUGGUACUGGAAGUGGCUCAAUGUCCAAAAAAUAGACCAAAUAUAGGAGAUUUAUUAUAUGGUAAAAAAAUGAACGAAGAUUGGGUUAGGGGAUAUGUUGUAUCUCAGCUACCAUUCUUAAAAAUGGCUAUUAUAGAUGAAGCUAAAAUAGAGACAAUUAAUGACAUUGCUACAUGUGAUAAAAUCAUUUCAGAUAUUUAUGCAUUUGGUGCACUAUGUGAAGUAACUGACGCUAGGUAUAAAUUUGAAGAAGGUGAUGUGUGUGAGUUUGAAGUACCAGGCCAAACGCAUAAUAAGGAAGGCGGAUUUGAAAUAUUAAUUCAUACAGAUGAUGUUAAGGUAAAAGCUACUGUAAAGCCUUGGAUUCCAACGCCUGAAGAAAUAGGAGUACAGUGCGCUGAAGUGAAUAAUGAAACUGAGGUGUGCGUUACUGGUUAUCGAAAUCAUAUACAUCUGUUUGUUCGUCCCAUAAAUACUGUAGGUUUGGAACACUAUAACCAUGUUAUGCAAACUGUUGCAAAAUGCGCUGAAAAAUCUCCAUUUUUAAGACAACCACCAGGUAUUGGGGAUAUGGUAAUAGCUCAGUCAGCUGACGAAAAUUAUUAUCGUGCAUAUGUUACUAGGGUAGAAGAUGGUAGAAUUACAAUUUUAUAUCUUGAUCUUGGUAGAAAAGAAGUUACAGAUAUGAAGAAACUUAAGAUCUUACCUGAUAAUUUGAAGAAGCUCCAAUAUUGUAUGACAAAGGUCGUACUAAAAGAUGUUCCUAGAGAUAUUCCUCUGAUAAAAGAAAUAGAUGAUUAUCUGGCUCACAUAGUAACAACUAAAGUUCCUCUGUUAUGUAUAUAUGAUGGUAUACCUUCCAUAGACGGUGUAUAUCUGAAAUUUCGUGAUGGAGAAAGCGUUAAUAAUAUGAUAUGUAAAUUUCUCAAGCCAAAACCUAAGGAAGCUGCUGAGUAAAUAGAAAAAUGAAUCUCAGAAUUAAUUGCUCCCUUAGAUAGCUGUAUUAAAAUAAAAAUUAUUGAGCAUGAUCCGGAACCUGGAAUGUAUAAUGUGUAAUUACCAUUGGCCAAAUUAAUUGAUGAAUGUUUAAUAUCAGAUCGGGGGGGGGGGG